AAAGCCCCAUUCGCUGGCUCCAAAGUGAGUUCGCCAUGGCGCCGCGUCGUGAUGCCAUCCGAUCCCUCGCAUCGUUGAUGUCGCUGACGGCGGCAUGUUGGAGCUUUAGCAUUUCGGAUCCACGCAGAGGCCCGAUUCGACGUUCACAGCUCUUCAGCUUCUAUGGAGAUUCCAUUCCAAUGCCUCCACCUGGACAUCCAGAUCAUCCAGUUGGUGCUGAGGUGCAACCUUUCGCAAAUCAAAAUGGUGGAAUAGAUGAUACCCUAGGUCCACCAAACCUUUAUAUGUAUGGUCCAGCGGCCAGCCCCUUGGGCCGUUCCUAUGCGGUGGAUUGCAAUUUAUGGCAUUCUGCUGACAGAAUGGAGCGGCAACAGCUGGUAGACCAGGUCCUAGUGACUUUGAGAAGAAAUGGUUUCGUAGUGCUCGAAAAUAUGGUUCCACCACAGGAGCAGUUCUCUAUGGAAGCAGCUGCCAUCAGGCAUUUCGAGCAGCUACCAGAGGGUUACUUCACUUCGCCUCUACGUGCGGAUCGUUCGCAGGUGCAUGUACCGUAUGAGGAUCCCUGGUCUGCCGAAUGGUUGGUGCCCAACGACUUAGUCCUGCAGGUGACUGCUAGGUAUGUGAUCAACAACAUGGCCUGUGGACGAUCAGAGGAGGAGCAACAAUCAGCUUGGUGUCAAUGGGUGAUGCAGGGCUCCUCCGUCGAAUGGUUCCAUUCCGUGCCUCCGCAAGGAGGGCCCUUAGCCACAGAUCCACCUCAUGGUUGUACGAAUGUGGGCGCCCCUGAUGAGCUGGGCCCCUGGCUGGGUAGGGUGAUGAUCACCAAGACGCCUCCGCAAUCGCCCUUGAUGACCCGACACCGGGACAUCAUUCUUCCUGGCCCUUUUGCGCAGCUCACAAUUGGUGUCCCCCUGACGCCGCUGUCUGCAAACAAUGGCCCUUUAGCACUUCGACCCGGGUCACAUGUUAUGAACAGCCCUGGAUAUGAAGUGGUGACCAACAUCCCACAUGGAUCCAUCAUGCUCUACGAUUCCUUCGUAGAUCAUCGUGCCGUCGAACAUCGUGGUGAAGAAGACAGGUAUGUCUUGUACUAUGAGUUCGAAACCCGUGGCAUCUUCACUGGAUAUGUCGAUGGACACUUCGGACAGCAGGCGACUCAAUCUGAACACGACUUUCGACGAGUCGUCGACCCGAUUUUGCGCCGAUAUGUGGCCAACGCCCAAUGUGCCACGGCCAGCGCUUAGAAAUCUUAGAAAUCUCUCAGAUCUUACAAAAGCCAUGUCAGCUGGGCAGCAGGCUUUGCUGACAUCGGUAUCCACUGCGGAGAGCUUCAAAAGAAGCGCCAUUUUUUUUCGGAAUUUGGGUGAAUCCGAAGUCUCACAGAUACAUGUGAUAUAGCAUGAUAUAUCUCUGCAAACUUGCCUGAUGCGAAAUUGUGACUACA